AUGCUCAAAGCAAAAAGUAUACAGUCCAUCUGUGCAUCAUGUCGCCUCAAUAUCGCCAUCACUCGAGCGCGUAAUGCACGACUACCACAGAGCGCGACUUACCUGCUACCGGCACCGACAGCUUCAUUCACACAGCAACGCGCUCUGUCGACGACACUUCUACGACGACGACAACAGCAAUCUCAAGAUGACGCGACAAGCUCAGCGGAUUCAGCUGUAGACCCGGCAGUACACAAGUUGAAUGUUGAAGUCAAUGUACGAAAGGCGAGACAGCAGUUUCGUGAUGCUUUGCCACGAGACCACUUGAGCGCUGACGAGUACGCGCUGUACGAGAGAUUAUAUGGGCCCCCCAUCUUCGUGGAUACGGCGGAGGAACUGCUAGCAACUGAGAAGCAGCCACAAGAGAUCAUAUCUGAGGAGCAACCAGACGGCUCUACGGUGCUAUUGCGGAGAGGUGAAAAUGGUGAACUUGAGGAAAUCGACCUCCACGAGGAAAAGAAGAUUGACCUGGCAGAGGAAGAUGAAGGAUCAAUGACACCAGAGGAGUGGGAAGAAUACAGAGAGGAGAAGGCUGCGAACUUCCACGACAGUGUCUACGAGCAGAGUCGUAUCCAGCAUGAAGAAGCUGAAGAAUGGGAAGACGAGGAGGUGGAGGACGAGCCUUUCAUGCGCGCACACCCCUUGACUAUCGCCGGCCGCUUUAAGCCAUCACCAUCCACCGUAUUCUUACCCAAAGACACUCUUGUCGACCCCACCGCCCUCCUGCUUACACGUGCGAACCACAAGCACCUCACCGAGUCAGCAAACCGAAUAUUUGGUGGACGUGGCCUGCCGAACUCGGCGAGCACGCCACCCGCAAGAUUAGGCAAAGAGCAGAAGCCCAUCUCUCUUGACCCUUCGCAGGCUGAGAUGGGCAACAUCGAGGCCGAUGCAUACAUGGCUGCCGUACAGCCAGGAACGUACGCGAGUGUAAUGAGCGCCUUGGUUGAGGUUCGACGCCGUCUAGGCACACCGUGGGUUGAUCACAUGCUGGCGAAGAAGGGUGGAACUGUUUUGGAUGCCGGCUCUGGCGGCGUUGGAGUGCUUGCAUGGCAAGAGAUAUUGAAAGCUGAGUGGGAGAGUAAGCAAGAGAGCUCUGAACAAGCCCCUCUCGAAGAGCCUAGUUCAGAAGAGGCAUCACCAGAAGAAUCAACUACAGAAACCGCUCCAAAGGGCAAGGCCACAGUCCUCACCAGUUCAGACACCCUUCGCCACCGCGCAAGCCGCCUACUCGAGAACACGACUUUCAUCCCGCGGCUGCCCGAACACGUCACUUCUCAAGACGAACUCAACACAACCCAACCGCGCAAAGUCUACGACAUAAUCAUAGCCCCGCACACUCUCUGGCCUCUGAAGCAAGAUUACCUACGCAAAGACCAAGUUGGUAAAUACUGGUCCCUCCUUAACCCUAAGGGCGGCGUCCUUAUUCUGAUUGAAAAGGGCCUGCCACGAGGGUUUGAAGUAAUUGCCGGUGCACGAGAGCUGCUCCUGAGCCGACACAUUGCCUCUCCAGACAGCACCGCCAUCGAAACGCCACUGGAGGAGCAAGUCAGCAAACCAGACCAGGAAACCCGUUUCACGAACAAGGAAACAGGCAUGAUCAUCGCGCCCUGCACAAACCACUCCGCAUGCCCCAUGUAUUCGACCCCAGGCAAGAGCGCAGGAAGGAAAGAUUUCUGCUUCUUCACCCAGCGCUACAUUCGCCCGCCCUAUCUGCAGCGUAUCCUCAACGCCAAGGACAAGAAUCACGAGGACGUGCAAUUCAGCUACCUAGCCGUACAGCGCGGACGCGACCAGCGCCUGCCCCAACACGACAUCGUCGGCAAAGGCGUCGUACAGGGCGCAGACAGCACCGACGCCGCAUUCGCCGGCCACGAGUGGGCAGCCGAGAGCCAGGACCCGGAGAACCCGGACCUCGUCACGCCAGACCAACUCAAUCCUCUCGCGCUGCCACGCUUGAUCCUCCCCGCGCUCAAGCGAAGAGGCCACAUCAUCCUCGACGUGUGCACACCCGCCGGCACCCUCGAGCGCUGGACUGUGCCGCGCUCUUUCUCCAAACAGGCCUUCCGCGACGCGAAGAAAUCCCGCUGGGGCGACCUGUGGGCGUUGGGUGCCAAGACGCGUAUUCCUAAGUCUGUCCGCCUUGGGCGGCCGAAUGAGGAGUUUGAUCGCAAGGGCCGCAGGAUCAGGGCGCCGAAGAAGAUCACGGUGGAGAUUGGUGUGGGCGAGCAGGAUGGCAGGGCAGUGGAUGUUGGAGAGGACAGAAUCACCAGCGGCGGGAGAGGGUUUGGAGACAGCAACGGGCGGUACAACAAGGAUAGGAAGAUUAGGGGAAGUGGUGGAAGGAAGGGGAGAAAGAAGUCCGAUGAUUUCUUUGCGGAUUAG